AUGGCGUCGUUCGCAGCGCCCGACUUGCCCGUGCUCGGCUACCACAAGAUCCGCGGCCUCGCGGCGCCGCUGCGCAUGAUGUUCUACUACAAGAAGGCGUCGUUCAUCAACACGGCCUACGGCGCGGACAUGAAGGAGACCUGGUUCGGCGCGGACAAGCCGCAGCUCCUGGAGAAUAAUUCCUGCAUGAAUUUGCCCUACAUCGUCGACGGGCCCAUCGUCGUCACGCAGUCGAACUCGUGCGCGGUCUACCUCGGCAAGAAGCUCGGCAUCGACAGCGGCGAGCUCGGCGCGUUCGCGCACAACCACACGGUGCUCGACCAGACCAUGGACCUGCGCAACGACCUCAUGAAGGUUGUGUACCCCUUCGGCGCCGUCAAGACGCCGGACCAGUUCCCGGCGGCCGCGAAGGACCACCUCGACGGCUCCGCGGCGGGCACGUUCGGCAAGCUCGAGGGCUUCGUGCUCGGCACGUUCAUGGGCGGCGCGGCGCCCCAGUCCGGCGACUUCAUGCUCUUCGAGAUGAUCGACCAGCACAUGGCCAUCGCCGCGGCCGUCGGCGCGCCCGCGUUCUUCGACGCGUACCCGAAGCUGAAGAAGUUCCACGCGACGAUGAAGGCGCUCCCCGCGCUCGCGCCCUACUUCGCGUCGGCGCCCUACGCGUCCUGGGCCCAGAACAACGGCCUGUUCACCCACUUCACGGGCCAGCCCGCGUCCUUCGACUACGGGCCGUCCGUGAGCGAGACGAUCACGUUCUGA